AUGACUGAAACCGCAGGUCUGGAACUCAACGUUGCCGUUGUGGGCGAAAGCGGGGUAGGGAAGACUACUCUUAUCAGUCGAUUCGUUACCGGGAGCUAUGGGGCUCAGGAAAAAUCUACCUUCCUGAACGAUAGUUCAGUCAAUAAAGACGUGUAUGGAAAGAAGGUCGAUUUUAAAAUUUACGAUUCGCCUGGAGCUGUAGAAUAUCGUGACCUCAGCCUGGGACUCUACGCUGGCGCAGAUGCAGUUAUCGUCUGUUUCGAUGUUACCGAGUGA